UUGCAAUAUUGGUUGCUGGCCGAAUGUGUUUGUUUUUUGAAAUUAUUUUCAAUUUUUAUUCAAAUAAUAACGAUAACGACAAUUAACUAAAUGAAAUGGCAAAUACAUUCGCCGUGAUUGUAUCUGGACGUUUGGUGCAAACGGAUUUUCAACAAGUGGAACCGAGCAAAUUUCUAAUAACGAUACCGAAUGCUGAUGCUAUCAAUCACAUUGUUGUUUUCCUUACCGGCAUGGUACCAUUGCCAGCCGAUAUGGCUGGUGCAGUAUUUUUUAGCUUUCCCGAUCCAUCAUCACCACCAUCAUGGAUAUAUCUGGGCUAUAUUUGCAAUGAAAAACCAUCGGCAAUUUUCAAAAUUAACAAAUUGAAACAAAUGACCACUGGUUCAUCUGGAUUAGUUGCUGCUGCUGCUGGUGGUGGUGGUGGUGGUGGUAGUUUUGGAUAUGUACAGCCCAUCAUUUCCCAUGUUGCCCAGAUUGGCAUAUCGAUUGAAUCGAAAAUAUCGGUUGCUCAAAUGACAGCUGAUCCAUCCACAAUGACCACAGCCGAUUCUGGCACCAAAUUGGAACAAUUUGCAACAAAAAUGGCCGAAAAUCUAUACAAUUAUUGUUCAUCAUUUUCGAAUAGUUUACAAUUGUUUGCAACAAACAUUGGUGCCAAUCCAAAUCAACAACUAGUGCCAUUAUCAACAAUCAAUGAUUGGUAUGGCAAAUUCAUGAGAAAUUUCAAACAGAAUCCAGAUUUUUGGAAAUGAUGAAUUUAUUUUUGUUUUUUAUUAUUACUUUACCAAUACAAUUUGAUAAUUGCUAACACACAAUAAUAAUAAUAAUAAAAUAAUGUGUUAGAAUGUUAAAA